AUGCCUCCUCCUCCGGCACCUACACCUCCGGCACCUGCCCAUUUCCUUCGUUCUCAUACAUCACCCAUCAGCGCUCUCGCGGUAUCGGACGACAAUGAAAGGAUCUAUUCCGCCGACGCUUCAGGGAAGGUUGUGGUAACCUCUACCAGGUCCUUACGCGCCAUUACGGCCUGGAAUCCACAUAGCGACAGUAUACUUGGAGUCGAAGAAUCGGAGGCACAAAUAGUAACACAUGGCAGGGACAAUAAAUUACAUGUCUGGACUCGGAUUGAAGAGAUGCCUUCGUCCGCCCGUCUUGGCGGGUCUGCGGCUCUACCAAGCCUGCCCACGCCGACUUUGUGUUAUUCAAUGGACGUUAACGCGCUAAACUACUGUCGAUUUUCUUUGCUUAAGUUACGUGAAGAAUCCGAGGAAGUCAAGGCUUUAAUAGCUCUGCCAAACCUAGUAGAUUCAUCGGUGGCAGACAUUUGGUCAUUACCCCAGCUUGAUCGAAUACACGCUGCUAUCGGUCAGGACAGCGCGAAAUCGAUUUUUUCACCAGACGCGAAAGUCAAUAAAUCUGGAAUCAUUAUGUCGAUGCACCUUUUUUAUCCUUCCGCAGACUCAUCCUCGCCCUCGACAUCCAGCGCCUCCCAAGUACACCUAAUGUGUGCCUACGAAGAUGGCGGCGUGACUCUGCGUAGAUACACGCAGACCGACAGAUUGAAAUCGGUCCAAGGUGCGGGUUGGGAAGCUAUUUGGAGUGUUAAACUCCAUACCGAGACGAUCAUGGCAAUGAGGGUUUCAAAAUCAAGUUCAUUUGCCUUGACUGUGUCGGCAGACCAUAUUGUUGGGUAUUACGAUUUAACGGGGCAAUCCUCGGCAAACAAUGCAUGUACUGUUCAUCGGACGAAACACGCUGGUAACGGAUCAAUUGCUAUACGCGACGACGGCAAGAUCUGUGCCAUUGGUGGAUGGGAUGGAAGGAUACGCCUUUACUCGACACGAACAUUCAAACCUCUUGGAACAUUGAAGUAUCACAAAUCUGCUUGUCAAUGUGUGGAGUUUGCUCGGGCAGGAGACUACAGUCUUGGGAUAAAGCCUCGUGUGCUGGCCGACGAGGACGAUGACGAAUUUAACGUUAAUGAGAAAGAAGAUCGUACUCGGUGGCUUCUAGGAGGAGGAAAGGAUAACCGUGUUACCGUGUGGUCCUUGAUCAGCUUUGAAAAGUUUUGA